AUGGCUCCACCGUACAAUUCCAUAUCAUCCUCAUCCAACUCAAUUUCCCCGGGAUCUUUCUCAAUUUUCUGUCGUUUCGCUGAUUCUUUUGUCAUUUUCAGCAGUGUAUACUCAACUAAUUGUGAGUCUCCUAAUCUGGAUCCAAUAAAAAGGUGUCCCGGUGCACAUACAGUAAGACAAUACGCAAUCGACGUCUCCCAAACCCUACUAAACUCCAUCGAUUUGACAGUUGCACCACCAGAUGACGUCACCAGUCUCAGCAAAUACAGUACCCCGUCCCGCCCACCGACUGCGAUCCGCCCAUCUUCCAUGUACACAGAAAGGGAAUUUCGUGAAUCCAUCAUAACAAGAGUUGAGGACGACACCGCACGGAGGGACCGCCUGAUUCAGAUAGACGAUUGUGUUGGAACCGAAGACGAGAGCACCGCCCAGAGGUUUUGGAAUGGGAAGGAGAGAGGUACAGUCCAUUGGGAGAUUCGCUGUCUGCCAGACGACUGCGAAUUGACGAUCGACAAUGUUCACGGAGACACCCAUUAUGCACAUUGUGUCGUAUCGGACGCAGGCUCUGGAAUAAUAGCAUUUUGA